AGAAAAAUUGAUAAUAAACAUAAAUUAGAAAGUUGUUUAAGAUCGCAUACUCUAUCCGAAUCAUGAAAGAAAAAUGAUGGGUUUCAUGAUUCAACCUAUUCACAAUCUAAUAUAUUUUAUCCUUCAAGAGUAAGGUUAAGGGAUUUGUGAAAAUGGUAUAAUUGUUCCUGUCUUACCCCUUUUCUCUGCAGGUUGCCCCAGAAUUAUUAGCAAAUCCCAGUGGAAAGCUAAAUCUCCCAGAUGCACUGCUAAUGUAAUGAAAACGCCUGUGCCAUACGUAGUGAUUCAUCACACGACCGGUGCAGGCUGCACAAACCAAGCGUCAUGUAGUGAAAAAGUCAGAAACAUACAAAACUACCAUAUCAAUUCUCAAAAGUGGUGUGACGUUGGAUAUAGCUUUCUUGUAGGGGAAGAUGGGAAUGUGUAUGAAGGACGUGGAUGGAAUCGAGUUGGAGUUCAUGCUCCAAACUACAAUAGCAGGUCUAUUGGAAUCAGCGUCAUAGGAGACUUUACGAACAGGAACCCCAAUUCAGCUGCUCAGAAUGCUGUAAGGAGUCUGAUCGCUUGUGGGCUCUCAAAAGGCUUUAUCCAAAAGAACUAUAGCCUGAGGGGACACCGAGAUGUGUACAGUACAUCAUGCCCUGGAAACGCAUUCUACAAUGUCAUCAAGAAAUGGCCUAAUUAUAAAAAAUAAGCUGCAACAUUAUAUGUACUUGACGCAAACCCUUGUAUCUCUUGCUCUGCUGAAACAUGCACCUGUCACUAUCACAUCACUCUGUUCUAUUAAAUAUUGCUACACAGAAAAGUCAGCAUUAAAAGCAACUUCAUAAAAAUAUGUCCAGCUUACUAUAUAAAAAUACUAUGGGGCCGAUUU